ACGUGAUCAAAAUAGAAUAGACCUUAUUCUGGAAUUCCGAGUGUCGAAUUCAAAAGUUGACAGCUAAAUGUCUUGUUAUAUUGGAAGAUAGCAGCUGAUGCAGAAUGGCUGAAGGUGUAGACCCAAAUUUAGCCCAGGCUGUCAGUUCUACCCUGACUGUUGCCAGUAUACAUACUAUUGGUAGUGCGAACCUGACUCCACAGCUACAGAAGAAGUUUACGUCUCGAGAGAGUUCAAUGACAGGGACAGAUUUACUGCCAAUAUGUCGUAUUUGUCAAAUGCCUGGUGAUGCUCAGGACCCUCUAUUUUCACCGUGUCGUUGUUCAGGGACGCUAGGAUUUAUACAUUUUUCAUGUUUAAAAAGGUGGAUAGAAAUCUCAACAAGAAAAAAAAAGAAGCAGCCGAGGUGUGAACUAUGUCAUUAUCAGUUUCACAGACAUAAAACAUUUAAGUUUAAGAACUGGAGGUUCCCAAGGGUGAACAAUAGAGAUAAAUGUCUACACAUCAUAUUUCUGUUUAAUCUGGUUGUUAUGAUCGGGUGUGCUGUAGCUACAAUUAUGUGCUUUCUAUCUGAUAAAGGACAGAUUACAAAGUUCCCUAAAAACAAGGUCGAGUUAACAACAGAGGAGAUCAUCACAUUAGGGUGUGGAGUGGCAUUCUUUGUGGCCUUUUUCAUUGCAAUGACUGUGGAAAUAAAAGCUAAACACACCGUGUAUAAAUUGUGUAUGAGAUUUAUUAUGCAUAACACAGAAUGGGCUGUGGACUCUUACGAUCGCAACAAAGACCCAGAUAUCAAUAAACCUCCCAAAGCACAGUAUGUUUAAUGUUGCUCAUUCAUCUCUACAGAUCAUAAUAUAUAUUUUAUCACAGUUAUGUCCCUUGACUAGUGUAUCCUUGAUAUUAUGAAUUUUGUACAAAGCUAUUCAUCAAUUUUAUUUAGCUAGCUGUAUGAAUCUAUAAGAAAUUCAUAGUUUACAAAUUAGUAAUUCUGUUUUGUGCAAUAGAAAGCUCCUAUAAGUAUUUUAGUACUGAUUGUGGUGGAAGAAAUAUGUAAACCCAUAUAUUUAAUUUUAACUUUUACUCCAACAUCCCUAUCAGAAGAAAAAAAAAAAAUUAAAUAUGUAUGUAAAAGUAUAACUUGAGCUUUAAAUAUGUUUCAAAAGUCCAUAUUAUAUUUUGCAAUGUUGUAUAUCUAGAUAAUUAUCAAAUGUAAUUGUAUGUUCUCUGUAGGCCUUUUAAUUUGUAAUGUUGAUACACAAUAACAUGAAUUAGAUCAUUAAUUUAAUUAUUCAUCAAAAAGUGACCCGCAUGCAUUUACUCUGUCUGCGUGUCCUAAUCUGACUGCAUAAGACUCCAUACUAAAAAUACAUCACAAAAAGUUAUUCAGGAAAUAUCUACUUCAUCUUUAAAUUACAGCAAGUUUAAUUAUAAGAAAUAAUCUUUUGAUUUUACAAUGAAUACUUGUAAUACUGAAAUGUGAAUAGACCAAUAUAACAGAAAAACAAAGGAUAUGGGGAAUCCAUCCAUGACAAAAAAAUCAGAACAUGCACAACAAAAACACAUAAAAAGCAAAGUAACAGUGCUUUCAUUGCUGUUUUUUUUAUCUCAAAGUCACAGUGAGGCCUACAGCAUAGAGCAAAACAACUCCCAUCUCACUGCAAGUUUAAGAUGGCCCCUAGCACUGGCUUGAGCGGAAUUUUUUGCAAAAAUAAUUGGUAUAGACUUUGUAAGAUGUAACACCACCAAAUCAUAUGUCUGAAUUGGUAUGUAAAUUAUCAGUCUUUAAUGGACACCCCCAAAAAGGUUUUUAGUUUAAAAGUAUUUAUUUUUAUGCUGAUUGUCAUUCAUGAGUAUAAAUGCAUAACUAGAUUUUCAGAAUGCAUUAUUUGUCCAUUUCACUGGAACAUGAUAUAAAUGACCAUAUGUAUAUAUCUUUGGGAUGUUCAAACAUCAUACUGAUUUCUAUUGUCAUGAUUGUAGUAUAUAUUAUAGUUUAUCACAAAUGUAUUAUUUUGGCAAAAAAAUAUUUGAUCAUAAGUUCCCAUCCCUGCCUCAAGUUAUAUUCAACACUUACCAGGGGUUUUUCUAUUUCACACUUUUGCUAUUUGAAUUGGAAUGUUUGAACCUAAAAUUAACAAUAUGUUCAUUACCGUGAUUACCAGCAUGACCAGAAAUGAUUUAAUUAGAAAUCUCCAGCAACUACAUUUUUUCUUUAUGAAACAACUUUUAAAAAAGGUUUAAAGUGUGAUAUGUUUUAAUAAACCCUUUGUUUAAGUGGAGAAAAAAAUCAGAAUGAGGGAUAAGAUAAAUUCUAUAUGUGCCCAAUACAACUCUAAUUCUGUACAGAGAGAGGGGGUAGACAAAGUAGCAUUGUUCAGUUGUAAUUCUGUACAGAGAGAGGGGGUAGACAAAGUAGCAUUGUUCGGUUGUAUCAUUUUACUCGUACUUAUCAUUUGGAUUGUAUGUCAUAUUUUGAGAUGAAUCAGUUUGCAAAUAGUUUUAUAAUGAAUCAGUUAGAACUAUAUGUAGAGAAUAAACCUGAAGGAUAAUUGACCAUUAACUCUGUACACUAUAUCUGUAUGUGGCAGCAAUAACCAUGAUAAGUGGGAAGGGGGGGUGUAAAAGCUAAUAUGAUAACAAAAUUACGAAAAAUGGGCCUGGGGUAAAAGUUUAAGAGAGAGAUAAGAUUGGAGAAUAGGAUGUAGAUGUACAGUUAUGUUAGAAGGAUAUGGUAUACAUGUAUACUUUAUUUAGAAGGAUAUGGUGUACAUGUAUGCUUAUAGAUGUAUGCAUUUGUUAUAAGGUAAUCAAAUGAGAGUUAUGGAUACUGUUUUGGUGUAAGCUACAUUAAAGUGAAUGUUAGAAUUGGUAAAGUGUUAUGUUUGUGUGCUGAAAGCUCCAUGUAUAUCUGUAUACUGCAUAUGUGUGUUAAAUGGACAGAAAAUGAUAGGAAAAAUUCAUAAAAUUGAUAGGACAAAAAGUCAUAAUUAACUAGUUUACAAUUGUUUGAAUAUUUAAAAGAAAAUUCUGAAAAUAAUUUCUUUUCAUAAAGUGAAUAUUUUGUACAUGUAGUUUGGUUUCUAGAUUCCAAGUGCAACUGCUUUAUAAAUCUCAGACACCAUGAAGCUAAUCAAUUAAGAAGACACUUUGACAGCUUGUUUUCUAAAAACAAAAAUUUUUCAUUUAGAAAGUUUUGUAUAUAUAUAUAUAUAUAUAUAUAUAAGUCUAGAGAUUUGCACAA